GUCCGCCUGCACGCCGCCCGGAGGAGCAAGCUGUCUGGAGUCUGGAGCAGGCCUGCCGCCUUCAUGUCCACCCUGCUGGUCAAUCAGCCCCAGUACGCGUGGCUGAGAGAGCUGGGGCUCCGCGAGGAAAACGAGGGCGUGUAUAAUGGAAGCUGGGGAGGCCGGGGAGAGGUGGUGACAACCUAUUGUCCUGCUAACAACGAGCCAAUUGCAAAAGUCCGACAGGCCAGUGUGGCUGACUAUGAAGAAACGGUAAAGAAAGCCAGAGAAGCCUGGAAAGUGUGGGCAGACAUCCCUGCUCCCAAACGAGGAGAAAUAGUACGGCAGAUCGGCGAUGCCUUACGGGAGAAGAUCCAAAUGCUCGGAAGCUUGGUGUCUUUGGAGAUGGGUAAAAUCUUAGUAGAAGGUGUGGGAGAAGUGCAAGAAUACGUGGAUAUAUGUGAUUAUGCGGUUGGCUUAUCUCGAAUGAUUGGGGGCCCCAUCUUGCCUUCUGAAAGACCUGGCCAUGCACUCAUCGAACAGUGGAAUCCCGUAGGCCUGGUUGGAAUCAUCACUGCUUUCAACUUCCCGGUGGCCGUGUAUGGCUGGAACAAUGCCAUCGCCAUGAUCUGUGGGAACGUCUGCCUUUGGAAAGGAGCUCCCACGACGUCCCUCAUCAGUGUAGCUGUCACAAAGAUAAUAGCCAAAGUUUUGGAGGACAACAAGCUGCCUGGGGCAAUUUGUUCCAUGACUUGUGGUGGAGCAGAUAUUGGCACAGCAAUGGCCAAAGACGAGCGAGUGAACCUGCUGUCCUUCACCGGGAGCACUCAGGUGGGAAAGCAGGUGGCCCUGAUGGUUCAGGAGAGGUUUGGGAGAAGUUUAUUAGAGCUUGGAGGCAACAAUGCCAUCAUUGCUUUCGAGGAUGCGGACCUCAGCUUAGUGGUGCCGUCAGCUCUCUUUGCAGCCGUGGGGACAGCUGGCCAGCGGUGUACGACAGCGAGGCGCCUGUUUCUGCAUGAAAGCAUCCAUGAUGAGGUGGUAAAUAAACUUAAAAAGGCGUAUGCACAGAUCCGUGUCGGGAACCCAUGGGACUCUAAUGCGCUCUAUGGGCCGCUCCACACCAAGCAGGCAGUGACCAUGUUCCUGGGGGCAGUGGAGGCCGCAAAGGAAGAAGGGGGCACCGUGGUCUGCGGAGGCAAGGUCAUGGAUCGCCCUGGGAAUUACGUAGAACCAACGAUUGUGACUGGUCUUGCACAUGAUGCAUCCAUCGCACACACAGAGACUUUUGCUCCAAUUCUUUAUAUCUUUAAAUUCAAGAAUGAAGAGGAGGUCUUUGCCUGGAAUAACGAAGUGAAACAGGGACUUUCCAGUAGCAUCUUCACCAAGGACCUGGGAAGAAUCUUCCGCUGGCUUGGUCCUAAAGGAUCAGACUGCGGCAUUGUAAACGUCAAUAUUCCAACAAGUGGGGCCGAGAUUGGAGGUGCAUUUGGUAUGUAGAGAAUUGCUUUUUUGUGUGUGACUCAUGU